AUGCGCAAGAAGCCCGGCGGCUCAGGCAAAGUGAAGCGCGAGCAGCCCAGCGGGAAGCUCGAAAGACAUUCAGCGGCUCAAACAAUCGAUUGGGUCACCCUCCAGACUAAUGGAAUCAUUGACCGUUCAGAACCAGCCGUCAUCUGUCUGAUCAAACUCUCUCGCGGCGUCUACGCUAUGAUGCUGAGUUUGAUGAUCUGGAAACAAUCCGCAAAGGAGAGUUUGGCGACGUCUUUCAAACACUCCAACACCCCCAAGCAAACAUCCUCAUCCCCAGCCAACCCCAACCAAGAACAACCAGGAACCCAACAAAAUCACCAAAAACGGUUCCGCUAUAGACAUGAUGGACAACGAUUGAUAAACGAGCUUGACCAGCCCGGUCUGCUCCAUCCCUGCGGCCUCGAGACGCUCCUGAUCAAACACAAACGCCAGCAGAGCGGAAAAAAAGGCCUACCCUCAAGCCAACCAUCACCCUCCGAUGAUCCUAGGAGCAUCCAGGAUAAGGUCCAGCGACGCUUGCGGAUGCUGGAGAGACAUGAGGAUAAAGUUCCUGUUGUCACCGCUGUCAAUCUAGCAUAUGACAUGAUCUUGCCCCGCAAACAGAAAAACCCGCUCAGUGGGAUCACGCUGCUCAAUGACUCGAAAGACUGCUCUACUAAGCCUGAGAUGACACUGGUGAUGACUUGUACCGAGGCGAUUCAGAUCCUGAUCCAGUCAAUUGGAUGGAGCGAGAACCAUAACCCGAGUUUGCUCUGGCAGCUGUCCAACCAUACCGGCGGGACAUACAGCUGA